UGCGGCGAGGAGGAAGGCGCUGGCGUGGGAGGGCUUGGCGCCGCUGUUCGUCUGCGUGAGUCAUGUGAGGAGCUGAGAAUGAGCCCGGCUGAAGAGAGGAGGUAGAUGCUGGGAUGCAAAGCGGAGCGAGUGGCAGAUGGUCUCAUCGGCUGGAUGCCGUUCUACACCUCGGCGAAGCUGGCGGUGCUGCUCGUCGCCAUCAUCGCUCGCACCUUCUUCACGAGCUAUCUCCUCUCGCUCCUCACGCUGCUGCUCACGCCGUAUGAGCCACUGCUGGACGCGACACUGCGGCAGAGCGCCAACGUGAGCGCUGCGCUUGUGUUUUGGAUCUCGCUGGGCUGGGCGAGGAUCAAGCUGGCGCACGGAGAGAGAGUGGGACGCUGGGGGGACUGGGUGCUGCGCAGAGGCACAAGGGCAAAAGUGGAGCGGAGAGAUGCAGGAGAUGCGGGCGGAGACCAGGGCGACGACCUCGACAUUGUCCCUCCUCCGCCCAGCCGAACACCUCGGCGCUCAUCAUCGAGCACUUCUCUCCGCUCGCCGUCUCGCUCUGGCUCUGGCUCCGUCCGGCGAAAGCCUUCUGCAUCUUCGUUGCGCCCAUACGACAUCAGCACACCGCAGCAGGAGCGCAUCGCGACACCCACGCAGCAGCAGCGCAGCAGCCUGAAGAAGAAGCCAUCCUUGCUGCGCUUCGAAGAGCAGUAUGCGAGCCUGGAACCACUGCCUUCGCCGCCUUCUACGUACCUCAAGGUCAAGCAAGAGAGCGAGAGCACGCUCUAUCCGAGUCUGCCUCGUCGCACGGCACCUGCACAAGAUACCCAAGCAGCCGCACCACGACUGCCGCCACCGCCGCCCGCGAUGAUAGCGCAAGCAGCCGCAAGCGGUGCGCUCGAGCUACCGACGCCGCUCUUUCCCGGCGCCUUUGCGCGUGCGCAACCGCCCACGAUGCGCCCUACGCUCGCCGCGGCUGGCGUGCCGAUGCUGGGCAGCAGCAGUGCGCUUGCAGAAGCAGGACGCGUCGAGCCGGCGCAGGCAUCGACCUCGAUGCUCGCUGGUGCAAGCCCAACUGCUCCGCCAGCUGCAGCAACGCCGCCUUCGAGUCGCAUUGCUGCACGUCUAGCCGAGAUGACAGCCUCUUCAACCUCCGCUGCUGCGCCGCCUCUCCCGGCCUCGCCUGCCGCACGCGCUCGCGAUGGGCAGGCAGGAGAGGCCCAGGCUUUCGUUCCCGUUCCGCCUCCAGCAGCACACGGCAGGAAGCGAGGAAGCGCGAUCAAGUCUCGUGGCGCGAGUCGUGCGGUGGCAGCGGCAGCGAAGACGGCCGCUAUGCGCGGCACCGCGACUUCUCGGACGCCAACGGCAAGUACGCCUGCUGCAGCUGCUGCUUCGACAUCGACCACAGCCACUGCGGCGCGAGGAGGAGCUAGGCGAGUCGUCUCUGGCACUGCCAGGCGACAAGCCUCUGAGGCCCGCGAGGAGCUAGAAGCAGCGGUAUCGCCGCCGUCUCCCAUUCUAUCUCCUCCGCCGCAGCAGCAGCUCCCAAGCUCCAUCUCCACCUCUUCGCUCUCAACGCCCAAGCGCAAGCUGCGCAAGCGCGCCGCCGUGUUCUUGGAGGACGUCGACGUCUCGGGAGAUGCGCAGCAGGAGGAACUGGCGCUGCUCGUGCCGCCUCCGCAGCGCAAGGUGUCAGGUCAGACGGCGAGGAAAGUCAGCGGUCCGAGCGCUUCGACGAGUGCAGCGCCUCCAGCAAAGCGAAGCGUUUCGGCGAGCAUCAAAGACUUCGCUGCCGACACCGAUACGCCUCAAGCAGCUCCCGCUCCUCUGACACCUCGCAAACGUCGUCUUCAGAGUGCCUCCACUUCUCCGGGCGCCUCUGCCUCCUCGGCCGAGGCACCCGACGGACCGGCACCUCCGCAGCAGCAACCGACGGCCACGCGCAAGAAGGCCUCUCGCGUGCCCAUUGCGGCGAGCAGCACCACGCGGCUGGCGCCGGAGAAGAGCGCGACGCAGGUGCGCAAGAAGGCGAAGGUCGGACUUGCCGCAGCAGCGGCACCAGCGCCAGCGCUCGUCAAGGGCACGGGCAAGCAAAGCGCCACGUCUCGUGCGCUGCUGCGUGCCCGUGCAGGAGGCGCUGCGGCAGCUCCUGCGGCCAGGAGCGCACCCAUGCUCUUUGGCGGCGCCGAGGCCGCGGCGCAGGCGGAGCGGGAACUGCAGGCGCUCGUGGAGCAUUCGUCUUCGCCGCGACGUUCGUAGGAAGGAGGGGAGAGGAUCAGGCUCGACAGAGCGUAAUACGUCACUUGUCAUUAGCGAUGCGACGCGGCAGUUGUGGAGAAGCGAUGUGUGAGGAGAAAGGAGAACUAGAGAGGCGU